GUGGUGACCCUUCUGCCCUUUUGCUUCCUCCAGUAGAUCCACCGGUUUCCAGGACUUAAAAGAUAGCGACAUUCGUGCUUCAAUUUAUGAGCGCAAAUGCAAGUUGCCUGGAAGGAUCGCGCUAGAGCUGUCUUCAAAUAAAAAUGUAUUCCUCAAUGCAUCGAUGCUUGAUACGUUACAAUCAGUCGUAACGGAAGGACUGCCGCAAAUAGCUGAAUUAUGUAUAGACAAAGAAUAUUGAAAGUAGCAUUACGUAGUAUAGCAACACAAUGUUGAGCCCGACUCCGUCGAUCGAUCGUCCCAGACUACAUCCUGGCACAGGAUACCUCAUCGCCCCGCGAGUGCCACGCGGACUCGCAGCCGUGGUCGAAGGGCUCACGAGAGAGGUUCUACGUCAUCGUCCUGAGGACAUAUACGUCUUUGCGGCCCACCACUUCGAGAAGCUGCUAAAGCUACGAGAGCAGUAUCACACCGAAGAAUACAGCGGCCGCGAGUACAACCAUGAAUUUAGUACCCGCGAGUUCAAUCUGUGGCCCACCAAAGAAACCAAAGAAAUCAGAAAGUCUCCGAAUAGCAGCUGGUCCUUGGAGAAGGAGGUCGAGAUCAUCGAGAACCGCAAGAAGGUAUCCAAUAAUGCGGCUGAGAGCCGGGAGAACGUUUCAACUGAUAGAGAAAAUCGGAAAGCGUCGAAGCAAACAUGUUCGAAAGAUCCUUCGACCACGAAGAGAAUCUCGAAAAAGUUGAAAGAGAACGAGACGACGUCGGAGGCUCGCGCGACAAGAAUCAUCUCGCAUAUGUCCGCUCUUCACGGUCCCGGCAAGAAUAUUCAGACCAAGGAUAUCAAGCAGGAACUCAGGAAGAACAAAAUAAGCGGUGACAAGGCGAAGGCGACCAAUGGGGCGGAGAAAGGUGUUCGCGGCGAAAGACGAUCCAAGACGAGGGUUUCCAAGUCGGAUAAAAGUGCUGAAGAGGAGGCCGACCGCGCCACUACGUCAACAACGACGACGAGUUCAAGUAGAACCUCCGCUCGGAGACCCUUGAAGAAGGUGCGGCGAAUCGAGACUGAAUCUGAGACCGAGACGGAGCGUGAAGUCGCGGCUAAGUUGGAAAAUAACAGAUCGAGCGUCAAGAGUAACAGUGCGAGCUGCGAGACGAUUGCUCGAACCGGAAGCGGGGAGAGGAGAUCGGAAGCACGGCUCUCCGCACAUUCCUUCGAGAGGAAAGUAUCGUCGAGAGCGCUCAGCAUGGACCGCAUCCGCGCGUACGUGUUGCGUAAGUUCGCGAGUACGGCGAGUCUCGAGGUUCUCCGAUCGCCAACGUACGUGGAACAGGUGCAAGAGGUGAUCGAUCGCGCGGCGCCGAUCAUCAAGGAGAAGCUGGAGGAGAUCAGGAGGCCGCGGGGAAAGCGCUCGAGAUCGGUCGAUCUUGCCUGGAACGACGAAUCGUUUCGCCAGGACGUUCGAGACGGAAGGAAACGCAGCGUUAACGAGGAAGAAGCAGGCGCGAGAAAGAAAAGCGGAAAUGAAUCGGAAAGUGACGCGAAGAAAGAAGAGAACGAAAGGUCUGUUGGAAAAGACGAGGUAAUUCUGAACGCGGAAGGAGAGAAGAAAAAAGCGAGGAAGAGCAGCGGAUCGGGCAAAAGAUCGAGAAGGCGCAAAAAUAACAGCCACGGCGACUUCGAGGUCGUCGAUCAAGUCGACAGCAGCUCGAAGCACAGCGAUAAAUCAGAACAAGAGUCCGAUGCGACACGCGAUACCUUGGAAGCGAGAUUAACCGCCACGCAGAAUAUCUUAGAAGACAUUUCGAAAUCGACGUGCGAAUUGGGCGGCGCUCGCAAGAUUGAUUCCGCCGCGAGCGAACCGGCGGAGUCGGAAGUUUCCGAUCAUGUGAACAUCUCCUUGCCGGUCGUAAGACCGCCGUCCUCCAGAAAUUCUAAAAGUGCCACCAAAAACGGUUCCGAUAAUCUGACGCUACCGCCGAUCUCGCCGGAAGCUCCAAAGUCGACGAAAAAGAAAGACGAUCUGUCUUUGCCGGUUCUGCCGGCAGCUAACGGCAAUCAUUCCGCUAGGAAGUCGCAGGAGCAGGACGUUUCCAAGGAUGCCGAGGAAGCCUCAACGACGCGCGAUAUUACGAGUGAUAUAGAAGACACAGCAAUCCUUCCUGAAGACGUAAUUGUAGAUGCACAGAAGGAUUCCAGCAAUGAUCGCCAGGACUUAAUAUCAGAUGUAAAAAUUAUUGACGAAGAAAAACGUGGAAAAGAUGUGGAGGAAUUUCCUCGAAAAGAUGAGAUUUUCACUGAGAAACGCGGAAGUCUCGAGGAAUUUGAAGAAUUGGAGCAAUUUGAAAAAGAGAAGGCGGAGGAAGUCUUUAAGGACAGCUUGAAUGUUACACCAGAAGUACUAGAUGUGCCAUCGAGACCGGAUUCGUUGGAACCUGAUGACCAAGGUGAGAAACUUCAAGAUGACGAUCUUGCGCAAGAUAACGCGUUUGACGGCUUGAAAAACAAACUGAUCGAGAUUGAGAUGGCAGAACGGAGUAUCGAGCAGGCGUUGGCUGGUCAACAGAUCACGACGUAUGACGGUGGCAAAGUGACGAGUCAAGCAGAAAAGUCGAUGACUGACGGCACGAUAAAUGAAGCGGGAGAGACAGCUAAUGAGGUGGAAGAGGUUGCAAGUGAAAUAGAAAAAUCGACGGAUGAGGGAAAAAUAUUAAUGAAUAAAGACAACGAGGGAGAGAAGGACGAUGACAAGAAAAGAAAAAAAUCAGUAAAUGAAAUAGAAAAAAUAGAGAAUAUAAUAAAAAUAUCAAUAGAUAAACCGGAUAACUCAUCGAAUAAAACAGAAAGAUCGACAGAUGAAAUGGAAGAAAAAGUGAAAGAUAAAGUGACGGAAUCGACGAGUAAAACAGAAAAUUUAAGCACAACAGAAAAAUCAACAAAUAAAAUAGAACAAAUGAAGAAUAAAGUAGAGACAUCGAUUAAUAAAAUAGAAAAUUUAACAAAAAUAGCAGAAGAAUCAGUGAGUGAAAUAAAAAAAUCGACAAACAAAACAAGUGAAAAAGAAAUAUCAAAGAAUGGAAUAAAAGAAUCAAAGCACCAAGCGGAAAUAUUAGAAUCCAAAGAACUAAUCGAAGAUGAAAAAUCGACGAAUAGAUCUGAAAAAUCGACAAACAAGAAAUUGUCAAAUGUCGUAGAAGAAUUAGCAGUUAAAGUUCAAGAUACGCAAUCUAUAAAUUCGAGAUCAUUGCGCAAAGAUAAAAUUACUGAAACAGUCGUUUGCGAAACGGACGAUGAUAACAACACGGCGUCAAAAAGCGAAGCUAAAAAUGCGCCAAAUGAGCUUUCUAAAGCUUCAACGGCCGGAAACGCAGCGAUUGAGGGCGAAAUUUCAAUGACAAAUCUUCGGGGCGAGAGUGGCAAGACAAAAGAGCGAAGGAAACGCGAAACAGGCAAAUUACCAGCGACGUCGCCGCUUUCUCUAGACAUUCCGUACUCUUACGUUCUCAGCGAGGGCUCUCCGUGCGAGAUUCCCGAUUCCGUGACGACAGUAAUUAUCCCGGACAGGCCGUGUUCGUCUCCCGUGAUUGCAGACAAUAGUCAGCUCGCGUCAACGAAAGAAUCGUUUAUUCGCUCCAAUAUUACGGAUAAGAUUUCCCAGGACGAAGCACGGAAAAAGGAUCGGGGUGCAGCAUACGGCAUGGAAGCUUUCGGCGAGCAUAUUCAUCCGGAAGUCGCUGUUCUACCUGUCGACAUCGAUUUCGUGCGUGGCAAAAGAGGAGUAAGAGCGAGUCAGGACUUACUGAUCGCACAUCAGGAUUUGGAUAGAAUCAAGGAGGAAGGUGAAGAAGAGGAAGAGAGAGAGGACAAAGGAAAAGAGACAGAGAUCCAUCGAGAAAAGGAAGAUGACAAACAAACUGUCGUGCAGGAUAAGGAAAAACUCGCUGGAACGCUGGAAAAUAUUGCGGAACACGAGAACGAAGAAACCGAGAAAGUGACUGCAGGAUUCAAGGAUACUGAGGAGAUUCCGUCUUCCGAUGUUCCCGAGCAGGAAUCUCCUUUUGAUACCAUGGAAUUGAUACUUGAUAUUAAUUCAGGGGACGAAGGAAAAGUGGACGUUGCCGUAGAGUGCAAGAGCACGCUGGAGAACUCAUCAGAAGAGAGCGGGAGUACGCAGGACACUCGCACGACUACGUCGAGCGACGUGAAGGAGAGCACUGCGAGCAACCGAUCGGGAGUCGAGAGUCCGAGUACGGGGGCACCGAUAGUACCGGAAUUGAAUCUGGAUUCUCUUCUGGACAACACAGUGUCGUCUUUCAAGAUAACGGCGAACGAUACGGUGACGAGAGAGGACAACGGCAGCGCUAAAGAGAGCGACACCACGAUGUCCUUGAUCGAGCCGUUGACUUCGGACGAAAUGAAUCAGUUGAUACUGGCCGAUGCCGAAGAAGAUCUCGUCGCAGAAGAGCUCACGGAGAGUUUAUUACGCGAACUGCAGGCGGAAGAACAAGCUGCGCAAUCGCUAGAAGCUGAUCAAUCGUAUCGAGAAGAGCACGCGGAAUACGAAUGGUUGGAGAAAGAUCCGUUGCUCGAAACUAAUUUAAAGGCUGACGUGAAAUCUCAGGACAGCAUUGGUUUAAAAGGCUCGCCGGAAGACGCACAAGUUGCUCAAGUUUCGGAGGAAAAAGAGAAGGAAUUAGACAGCGAAGAGGAAAUUGCGAAAGAAUUGAUAAGUUCGCUGGAUAAAGAUAUGCAAAUUCGCACUUCAAAAGAGGAAUCUAAAGAUAAUGGAGACGAUGUUAAGAGCAAUUUAAAUGUGAACGAUAAAUCGAAUCAAUCUGUACACUCAAUAACGAUUGAUGAACCGGAAAAAAAAGAACAUGAAGUUUCUUCGGAAAGAAUUGAAACAUUAGAUGAUAAAGAGGGUGUCAAGACUGAAAUAGUCAGCGAAUUAUCAAGUUCCAUAGCGGAUGAUAGAGAUAAAGAUAUUGCAAUAACGAACAAAGAAGCCGAAGAAUCUAAAUUGGAAAUAAAAGAACAAAUAGAAACUGAAAAAGCUGCGCCUUUAGCUCAAUUUGAGCAGGAAUUGUUAGAACAAAAUAGUAGACCGGAAACAGCUGAUAAAAAAUUAGUCAAAAAUGAGUCUGCGAAUGCUAUCGAUAAUCAAGAAAAACUUGAAGACAAACAAGCAAAUAUUGAAGUUUUAGAAAAUGAAAGCAGCAAAAGUGUGAGUAAAAUUGAAGAAUUAAAUAUAAAGCAUGAAGAAAAUAACCAAGAAAAGUUGCAAGAUCAGAAAGAAGAAUUGAAUAAUCGAGAAGAACGUGAGCAAAAAAAAUCGGAAAUUCAAGAAGAAUGCGAGCAGAACAAAUUAAACAUUCAGGAAAAAAAUAGUCAAGAAAAUUCAGAGUCACAAGAAAAAAUUGUAGAUGUGCAAGCAGAGCCUUUAGAAACAGCAGAAUCGAGAAAAGACUCGAUAAACGAAUCGACGAAAGACAACGAUAAACACGAAGAGACUAAGUUAAUUAAACAUGAUGAAUUUGUCACUAACGAUCAGGUGGAAAAACAAGUGGAAAAUGAGAAAGAAGAAAAAAUUGAAAAUCUUCCAGCGAAAAUAGAGAACGUUCCAAUUACAAGCACAAAAUCGAUACAAUCGUCAAAGGAUCAUUCUCGUGGCUAUUGGACUAUGGAAACGAAAUCAUCGACUGUGGAAACAGUGGUCGAAGUCAAUGAUUCGAACACAAGCACAGAUGAGAAAACGGAAGCAGUUGCUGAUGCACCAAAAAUUAUUGAAGGCGAAUCGCUUGCUCAGAAGAAAGACGACGUCUACUCGGCAGUUUUAAAAAUCCAAGCUUGUACCCGAGGAUUUUUAGCGCGUCGCCGCAUGCGAAAGGACUUGAACUCAAAACCUGUUUCGAACGAAAUUUCUUCAGCGCAGAAAACAGCUACGGACAAUCAUUUAUUGCCGCAAAAUCCUUCAAAUGUGCGAGAAGUCAGGACUGGAAGGCAACGUCUUCGGCGAGAGGAAGCUUUGCGGAACACCACUCUCUCGUUGGAGAACGCUUUCGCAACCGGUCGACUUCAGCAUACCGGCGAAUUUCAUGAUUCUGUACCGCUGCCAUUGUUCGAUAUGACGAACAGUGAAACAAAUUCAACCCCGUCGGACGACUCUUUGAGUAAAGAGGUUGAAGAAGAUCCAAAACAAUCUGAUGUUGCAAAAUCUAACACCAACAAUAGCGGUUCCACUCACGGCGAACAUGAAGGGAUUUUUCAGAAGCGCAACGCUUUCACCGAUUCUUUUCCGAUCGUGAUGCAUCUGCUGGCAGAUGCAUCCCGCAAUUUCGGAGUCAACCACUCUCGUCCCGACUUUAAUGCAAAUACUGCAAAAGCGAAGUCUGUGAAAUCAGCGCUGGACAGCGUCCUGAUGCUGGGUUAUCCGAGAGACGAUGACAAUCGGUAUCUGAACUUCAUAACCAGCGUCGAGGAUCUCGGCUGCAAUAUGGACUCUCUGCCUUUCGACGACGCGAUGAAGAGCUCGAAGAACGUCGACAACGUUCAUCUUCCGAUGACUUCCGGCGAGGGAAGUCUUAAGGAGCCCCUCGCCCUUCCGGGCACACCGCAGGGCGUCGUGAUCGAGGAGGUGACCAGUUUGGAGUCUGAGAUUCCAUCGGAAUCGACGAAACCGUCGACCGCGCCGAGAACCUCGUUAGAUACAAAUAGCUCGAUGCCACUGGAGAAACGCACUCUCGAGGACGAGAAGAACGAUUUAGAUAUGUCGUCAAGGACGGCGGAUGCAAUCGGAGACCGGAAACACGCGGACGAAGAGCAAAACUCCGACUGCAACCUUGAGAACGCCGGAGGGGGCAAUUUACAUGAGAAUAAAAAAUCUAACGAAAUCUCUCGCGACAAUCACGAACGUACAAAUGGCAAGCAGAAUGAAAAAACGUGAAUAGCUGAUAGAUUAGAGUGAAUCAAAGCAGGAGUGAGAGAGAUCUGUGUGAUCGAUUGAUGAUUAGUUCCUCUAAUUAGAAUUGUAACUCGUGCGUGCGUUGUAAGAUAAUUAUCACUAUGAUUUGAUUACAUUAUUUUCGGCUCUGAGAAACGAAAAAUAACACUGUUUGAUAUUAUUCUUAGUACGAUAAAACUUUGAGUGCCUUAUUUUCGACACGUAGAAACAAAUAGAUGAUAUACAAGUAGACUAUCUCUCAGGAAUAGCUUUAAAAUACACACAACACACAUCGUCCAGUUUCCAAUAUAUACAUACAGGAAACGUAACGAAUUCUAGAUUUGCAAUUUUGCUACACAGUACAAAAAACAAACAAUCUCUUCCUGCUUUUACUACUACUACAUGAUCCGGGGAAUCAUAUCUUUGUAUAUGCAAAGAAAGCAGCAAU